CAAGGUUCCAAGGUUCCCAUUGGUGGAGUAAUCGUGCAGCUGUUGUUCAUCUUCAACUAAUACAACAUUCAAUAUUCUUUUCCUCCAAUUCAAACUUUUUAGAUAUCACGAAGCGCAAGCUUAACCUGUCUUGAAUACGCCGAUAUGUCUGCUUCACUUGCGCCGGAAUGCAAUGAAGUAAAAGAGCGGUACGAUACUUGUUUUCUUAAGUGGUAUAGUGAGAAAUACCUUCGAGGUAACGGAAAGGCAGACGAUAACGAAUGCACCAAGCUCUUCAAAGAUUACCAAAGAUGUCUUCAGGUUGCCCUGAAAGAACGGGGUAUAGAUAAACUGCUAGACGAAGCACGCGAAGAUAGCAAAGAAAGUGAUGCUCUCCAUAUGAAAAGGAAAUGAUGAGCAUUAAGGGACAUUAAUCCCUUACUGGCCACGCCGCAAAGAUGCCGACUUUUCCGGAUGGCUCCGUCGGAGACAGCCCGUUCGGACCUUACAUAAGAAAUCUGGGCAAACCUGCGAGACAUGAGGUAGCGAGCCGAUAGCCGUGAGACUGAGACUUGUCCCUACCGCUACCAACCAAUGCUAUUCUUUGAUCUAACUCCGCGGGGAGUUGCUUAUUUCUCGAAUGCGACUAAGAGGCGAAGGGGAAAUGCAGGGCUAGUACGACGUAACCGUAAUACCUUGGCGGUUAGAGUAGCCUAAGAGAGUGGUGGGAAACCUCGUAUUCAUUACCCUAGACAACCUAGCUCAAAUUCUUAUUCCAAUGUAUAAAAUCCCUGAUACUGUACCAAGAAUCAAGAUUCUUAGAUCUUGUCAGCUCUACUCA